AUGGUUAUGAUGCUGGACAUUUUGCAGGAGUAUCUUCAAUUACGUCGUUUUCCUGCACAGCGUCUUGAUGGGUCCAUGCGUGCUGACCUCCGUAAACAAGCUCUUGACCAUUUUAAUGCUGAUGGAUCAACUGACUUUGCCUUUCUGCUGUCUACUCGCGCCGGCGGUCUGGGCAUCAACUUGGCAACUGCCGACACGGUCAUUAUUUUUGACUCGGACUGGAACCCACAAAAUGACCUUCAAGCAAUGAGCAGAGCGCACCGAAUAGGGCAGACUCGCCAGGUGAACAUCUAUCGCCUCGUGACCCGUAAUUCCAUGGAAGAAGAAAUAGUUGAACGAGCGAAGCGCAAACUUGUGUUAGAUCACCUUGUUAUUCAAAGAAUGGACACAACUGGAAGAACUGUAGGUCCCUGA